UUCUGGAUAACGUGUCCUAUACCUGUAUCGGGAACAACGUUGGCUCAUCGCUGCAGUCGCCCAACUUUUGAAAUGCGAUUGUUUAGCCCUAGGGCCAAUCCCACUAGCACAAUAUUAUCCAACCGAGGUGGGCAUAUCGGGGGAAGGAUCGACCUUGCCAAACUAACAGAUCUUACCGUAUAUGGCUACCUUUUUACAUACCUCUAUCUGUGCCCGGCUGGCUUCCAUCAGCCAUUGAUAAACAGGGCAGGGGGCUGGUGCUGACUGUGUGGCUGAGGCAGAUUAAAUCACUGUAUUUGCUGGAGGGCUGUUGCCUGGUCCUCCCUCCCUACCAGCUAAUAGCGGGCAAUUCUGUUUGCCUUCAUAGUUAUAAGACAGCAUGGUGCUUGCUCAGCUGAUAACCCAUAAGAGGGCUGGGCUACUCCAGUCCAGUUCUGGCUCAUUGUAUUUUCCCACACUUAUCCAUCUGAUAUUCAUAUUAAUAUGAUUUAUUAGCCUUCCUGUUUGCCUAAAUGUCAUCUGUUGCUGGUAGCUACUGACCCUAGCAACCAAAAAACGGACUGUACGGUUUGAGUUUUAUUGCUGUUACUUAUGUUUCUGUCCAGUACGGAAGAGCAGUGGGGCCACCAAAAAAAAAAUAAUCUGUUGAAUUAUGACUUUUAAACUCACAAUAAUGACUUUUAACAGCAGGUUUUGUACAAACAGAAAAAAAAAUCUGGUGGCCCCAAUGCUCUUCUGUAGUCCAGGCCUUCUGCUGCAUUUCUGCCAUUCUGGCUUCCAAACUGCUGCCCAGUUCCCUCUAGAAACCAGAUAUUAGUUCUGAGCAAUCUGAAUGACAUUCAUUGUAAGGGGAAACUACACUUAUACGAAACAUUGCUGUCUCAUCUUGCCGUCACAUUGUAUUGCUGUUUUCCACAGCUGAAAAACCCUCAGCGCUGCAUGUUUUUGUUCUUUUUUAUUUCCUAUGAAAUACUGAGUCAGUGUGUGCCUUUGGGGAAGUUACUGGACAGCAAUCACCGAUCCUGUCAAAUAGAAAUAAAGAACUUGGGUGCGGUUGCCACGCGGGGUUAACCAGUUAUUCCUGGAGUAAUGGGGACAGAGGGCAAAACUGAAGGCAGACAGAAAGGGCCAAAACAUACCCCAGCUAUUCCCCUGGGACAUGUUUAGGCCUGGUUUAACCAUGAAGAUUACAGGCUACAAACCUCAUUUUUCAAUGUGUAAAGGUUAAAGCAUGCUGGGAGCUGUAACUGACUUACCCAGAUGGGAUCUGAUGGUGGCUACUUGUUCUUCAGCCCCCAUUAAGCAUGAUAAGCUCUGCUAUGGGAUUGAACACUGAUUUAAAAACACUUUCUUGCUGUUGGGUUCCAGUCCAUCUGGCUUUGAGCUGAAAAGCAUCUCCCGUUAUGGUGCUAACACUAGCGCCACCGGGACAGGCCUUGGUGCAUGAAUUUCCAGAUCCAACAGCACAAGGUUCAUUAGUAGAACCAGUAAAUCUAUCUGGUCAGAAUCAGAGCAAAAGCCCUACAAGCCCAGGAGGCUGUGGAAUUUUCUCCCUGAAGCAGCUAAACUGGCAGCUCCAGGGAAGGGCAAGAGAAAAAAUACAGGGUCACAAAAUUGCCCCCCAGCCAGUAUUUGUCUGGCUUAGCCGGCAAAUCUCCAGCUAGGGCCGGAAUUACAAACUUACCAGGAACGUAAUAUAAAUCCCUUCCCCAACUCUCUCCGCUGUUGGAUUCCCUCUUGUAAGGACAGUCCUGCCCAUACCCCACCCAUUUCCCCGCCCACUCUUCCCAUUUCCCCGCCCCUGUGUGACAUCACCUCCUACUCCCUGACCAGAAGGCCGGUAAUACUUCACCAAAAAGUUGGCAACCCUAUCACCAAAAUAAACUCUCUUUGUGUAUAGUUGAUCCAAGGACUGGUCCGAUUGACCCUUUGGACAUGGCUUCCUAUAGAUCAACUUUUUCAGCUACAUCUGUUGUGUAACAUAAUGUCAUUAUUUCCAAUAAGCCCUCUACCCCAGGGGGUGUAAUAUAAAUGUUAUAAUAUAAAUGUAUUAUUUGCUAGCAGCCUAUGAGACCUGAGGGGCCCUGAAUAUGGAACCUUAACAAAUGAUAACCGUACCCAGCUGCUGGCAGUUUAGCCCAGUACCGGUUGGCCUUGUGUUGGCGUUGCACCUUCUUAUGUAAUACAAGGGGUUUCCUGUCGGUGACCUCCAGUUCCUUUUCCUGGGUGCGGUGAUUCUGUGUCCCAAAGAGCUCAGAGACAGCGACGCAGAGCAGCGAGCCAGGCAUGAAACUACGGCAGCUGGUCCUUCUGCUCGGAGUCAUUGGAAUGAAAAUAUCUGGCACAAAGACAGAACUUCUGCCGCCCCCUGUCCUUGCCCUGGAAACCCCCGGGGUUGUGCGUGGGGGGCAGUCGGCUAACUUGCAAUGCACAGCCCCCCCGGAGUAUAAGGAGGGAAUCUUCUACCUUUAUCUGGAGGGCAGCGGUGAGCACCUACUGAAACAGUAUGCCCAGGAGGCCCGGCACAGCGUUACCUUCUCCGUUACUGGGCUCCGUGCGGCUGAUGUGAAGCGAUACUACUGCCGCUACCAAGCCUGGCUCUCUGAUACUCAGCACUCAUCAGAGGCUAGCAAUGUCCUGCAAGUCACAGUGUAUGUUCCCAUCUGGGUGAUCGCAGUAUCGGCUGCUGGGGGUGCGGCUGUGGUGGCCAUUGUGGUGUCAGCGUUGGUGCUGAUCAUGAAGAGACGUAAUGACAGGAAGAAGCAGAAACAAAGAGAGAGAGAAUCCGUUUGGACCAGUGAAACUAUGGCGUCAGACUGGGCCUUUGAUAAUAUGGUUUAUUAUAAGAGACCCACGUUUGAAAUAUCGCAACCCGCCCCACUCCCUGGGGGCAGCAGCGGUGCCACGGAAGGAAGGGUGGGAAAUUCCUUCAGCACCUUCCUAACAAUAACGUGACCCAAACCCCUUGGACUCUCCAUCUUUUCCAAUAAACACCAGUGGCACUG